AUGAGCGAGUUUCUGAGUUAGAUGAAGUCCUUUAACCUUCCAUUGCAACUUCUUUGGCUCGUGGAACCUUGUGAUAAUCUGACGUUCAUUAUUUUUUUUUUGUUCGCCGCUCAGCUCGUUCCUUUAUCUGCUUUGUUUUGUAAUUAAAAGGGCGAGAAAACAGGAAAGUUAACCGACGCCGUCGCCUUCGCGAUGGAGCGCUUUAGAAAUGCGAUAAGAGCCUCGCACUCGAUCUUCGCGAUGGUGCGAUUUGGGAAUGCGAUAAGAGCAUCGCGCUCGAUCUUCGUCUCUCGCCAAUGCUAUUAGCUGGAGUAGCUUCCGAAGUGCCCCCUUCUCCAUUCAGUUUUGAAGUUUUUCAGAGUGGAGUUCCUGGUAGACGUCCCGUGAUCGACAUUGUACAAAUCUCUCUCCCCUCCAUUUUCGUUCUCGGCAUCAGUUGGUUUGAAUGCAUAUUUGAACUUCAAUCCCGAUCAGAAGUUUGGGCUAGUAUUUGUCUUCUCAAUCAAACUUGCAUUGUUGAUGGAAAUCAUUGGCUUUUCAAUGAGGUUUUUGUCCUCAUUUUUAUGGGUUCAAAUGUACAGAUUGGGGGUUUCAACAAUGGACAAUACGACAUACUGUGCAGAUUAUAAUGUUAGAGAUAGCUUUGUGAACCCUCCAACAAAUGAAGUAGCUAGGCAGACCUCCAAUGCUGAUAAAAUUUUGGGAGGUUCUGUUUAUGAUCCAGCCUAUUAUUCCUCCCUCUUUGAAGAUAUUCAAGAGACACAACACAUGACUGAGGUAUUAUCUGCACCUGUGUCAACUUGAAAACUGUCAUGUGUUAAAUUAUUAGUAAGCAGCCUAGUUUUCUCAUGUUAUUCCUCUUCUAGAAUUUUCUUUAUAUCACUUUAUUACAUCAGAGCUUGUGCCUCAUACCUUCUGGUCUCUAUUAUAACUUUUAUAAGAUAUCAGUGAGGUGUCAUGGCAUUUUGUGGUCUUAUACCUUCCUUGUUGAACUAAAUGAAAUUAAACAUGCACUAGCAAAUAAUUUGCAUUAACGAAGCCUUAAAGGAAGAAUAGUGUCGUGAAAAGAAGUAAUCCUGUCUUGUCAUCAAAUGUGCCAUGGCCAUUACAUUUAUUGUUCAAUGAGCAGCCGCCAAGUCAUCGUAGUAGAGCUCAAAGAGAUGGCUUGCAUGUUGAAUUACCUAGUCAAUAGAGGGGCUGCUUUAGGCCUCUGGGUGGAGAUGAUGGACCAUGGAUCCAACCCAUGAUGACUACUCUGUUAUUUGAAUGAGGAGGUGAUAGGAAGAGAGGGAGACAUAGAUAAAAUAAAAGAGCUCCUUCAACAAGACGAGGAUGGAAAUACAUCCUUCAUCAUUACCUUGGAAGGUAUUGUUAAUUUACAUCAUCAUUAUAUUAUUUUUAUGAAAUAGAUCUCGAAAUUUAUUUGUUUUACAUACCUGAGUCUGACAAAGAAGUCAUAAUGCAAUUAUUUUACAUUAUCUCCUUUUCUUUCUUUGCUCAAUUCAUUCAUAUGAUAGAACAUUAUUAUAUUUCUAUUUAUAAAGGAUUAAUUUAUGUAUAACAUCUUUAUUUUACUGUCUUUGUUUGCAUUCCUUGUGAACAGGGUUUAAAUGAGCGACUUGUCAUGAGUAGCUGCCCAUCCAUUGGAAUUAUGUUUAAAAAGGCUAGUAAAUGCCUAAGGCAUACAGACUCUUUUAACUACAUUUGGUUUUAUGUAAUUAAAGAAAGAUGGUUGAUUUUAAUCAUGACUUUAUAGGUAUAUAUCUGAGAGAUUUUCUCUUACAUUUUGCCGGCAUUAAGUGUUGUCUUGGAAAUCCUUCUCUCAUGUCCAGAUAUUAGAGCUAUGCGAAAUAUUUAUUCUCUAGUUACAAUUCAUACAGUUAUUAUAAUUCUCUUUUUUCUUAUAUUUUAUAUUUUUCUUUUAUAAGUUUUGUUUAAUUUUUCUCUCCUGACUUUGUUUGCAUUAAAUCAAUGGUUUGAGUUUUAAGUAUC